AUGCGUCUCUCAAAAACACUUGUUGCGGUGGCGCCUCUGCUUGCGGCGGUCACCGGUUCGGCAAUACCAUCCCUCGAGACCCGCCAAGCGGGAUGGCCAGCUUGCCAGCAGACACUCAGCUGCACGUUUGACCAGAUCCAGUCUUCGACCAUGCAAGAACGCCUGGCAUACGUACAGUACAUGGAGAGCCAGUGGUUUGGUCCGCUGAACUCAGCCAACCAAUUUCGCGCCAUUGAGGGUGUGAUUACCUUCUUCAUUAGCAAGAAUCUCGGGGCGCCCAACAGCUGGAUCAGCUAUGUCGAUACGGGCAUCAUCGAGGCCAUUCAACGCGGUGGCGCCAUGGCCCUGGGUCUUAGUACAGAUACUGGUGGAAACCCUGGCACUACUUUGUGGAGGGACUUCUUCAUUGGUAUGCGAGAUGGGACGUUCGCAACGAGACAGGACCACGAUUACGCCUGGGGUGAAGCAGAGGCCACCGCUACUGAGUGGUCAAAGGCCGAUAAAGCCGAUGUGCUGGCCUCCGCACCCGCCACACAGCAAGAACUGAACUGGUACGAAUUCACAGUCCUCUUCCGAUGGAUUCUGCGACACGAGCCUGAGACCAUCCUUCUCCUGACGCCUAUUUUCUUGUUCGAGGCCGACAACUUCGUUUAUUGGUUGACCGACGUGACGAGAUCCGAGCCUACGAUUUGCGGAUCGCAGGCAGCUUGGGCGAUCUCGGGGACGUUCAGCUUUACGCUGGAUAGUAUCAUCGAGUUUCCUGAGAAUGUUAUCAAUCUAUUGAGCGCCGUUUAUAACUGUGGCAGCGACUUCUUUGAAAACUCUUGA